AUGUGGGCACCUGAACUUCAUCGGAUUGAUGGUGUCUGGCACAUGUUUUACUCCAGUUGUGACAAGAGUCUCCCGUGCUGCGACAGCUGCUCCACGCGUGUUCUCCGAGGCUGCGAAGCCGCUGGCCCCUACGAUUGCGACUUUGAGCAUCUAGCGGACUUGAUUCCGCCUGAGGGAUCGCGAGGAGGCCUUGACAAUAACUUCGCAUUUAGCAUUGACGGCACCUUUCUCGAAGUCCCCAGCUUCGGAAGAUACCAUGUCCUCAGCAUCAGAGACAACGACUUCAACCAAGCUCUAGCUAUCACUCAGCUGGACACUGAGAAGUGGACAGUUGGCGCCUGGCAUGUUAUUUCUAUCCCUGACCAGCCUUGGGAGAGGAAUAUUACUGGCGCCAACCCGCCUCCUCAAAAUGAUUUGGUUGGCGUUAAUGAGGCACCCCACCCUUUGUAUCACGGUGAGGACAUCUGGCUGUGCUACUCCGCUUCCAACUGUGCCACGCCCAACUACUCGCUGGGUCUCCUUCAUUGGAACGGUGGCGACCCUCUCCUGAAAAGCUCUUGGGAUAAGACGGGGCCGGUAUUUUUCCAGGCGAAUGGGCUUUAUGGUACUGCUCACAACUCGUUCUUUUCUUCGCCCGAUGGAACCGAGAUUUGGAACGCUUUCCAUGCCACAAAGACAGCGUCUGGAUCAUGUGGUGGAGACAGAUUUACGUCGGCACAGAUUGUCACAUUUGAUGAGAAUAACGUGCCAAACUUUGGAACACCGCAGCCGUUAGGCAAGACACUUAUACCACCGAGCGGAGAGCAGGAGUAG